CUCGUCUGCUCGUCUGCUCGUCUGCUCGUCUGCUCGUCUGCUCGGUGCAACGAAUCUGCAACCAAGCAUCACUGCCACUGCCUCGCACGUCUCCGAUACGACACAGCCACCAUGGUGUUGGCUGACCUGGGAAGAAAGAUCAACGAUGCGCUGCGAUCGCUGUCGAACGAGACCGUCAUCGACAAGCAGGUCCUCGACGCCAUCCUGAAGGAGAUUGCGGCGGCCCUGCUCGAGUCCGAUGUCAACGUCAAGCUGGUCAUGCAGCUGCGAAAAAACAUCUACAACAUCGUCAAUAUCGAGGACCUGGCCUCCGGCACCAACAAGAAAAAGAUUAUUCAAAAGGCCAUCUUUGAUGAGCUGUGUCGUCUCGUCGAUCCGGGCGUCGAGGCUUUCAAGCCCAAGAAGGGAAAGGCAAACGUCAUCAUGUUUGUCGGUCUGCAGGGCUCGGGCAAGACUACCACCUGUACGAAACUGGCGCACUACUACCAAAAGAAGGGAUGGAAGACAUGCUUGGUCUGCACAGAUACAUUCCGCGCCGGUGCCUUUGACCAGCUGAAGCAGAACGCAACCAAGGCCAAGAUCCCAUACUUCGGCUCGUACACCGAGGCCGAUCCCGUCGCCCUCGCCGCAGAGGGUGUCGGCAAGUUCAAGAAGGAGGGCUUCGAGAUCAUCAUCGUCGACACCUCGGGUCGCCACAAGCAGGAGACUGAGCUCUUUGAGGAGAUGAGACAGAUCUCGAGCGCCGUCUCGCCCGAUAACACCAUCUUUGUCAUGGACGGAACCAUCGGCCAGGCCGCCGACGCUCAAGCCAGAGCCUUCCGCGAGACUGUCGACAUUGGAUCCAUCAUCAUCACAAAGAUGGAUGGCCACGCCAAGGGCGGCGGUGCCAUCUCGGCCGUGGCGGCAACGGAAUCUCCAAUCAUCUUUAUCGGCACCGGCGAACACAUUCACGACCUGGAGCCAUUUGCACCUCGGCCGUUUGUCAGCAAGAUGCUGGGUAUGGGCGAUAUUGGCGGCCUGUUAGAGACCGUCGCGGACAUGAAGACCAACCCCAACCUCAUCAACCGCUUGGGCGAGGGUCUCUUCACCCUGCGCGAUAUGUACGAGCACUUCCAGAACAUCUCGUCGAUGGGCCCGAUCUCCAAGAUCCUGAGCAUGAUGCCUGGCAUCUCUCCCGAGAUGGCCCAGCUGUCGGAGAAGGAGGGCGGAAACCGCCUGAAGAAGUUUAUGUGCAUUAUGGACUCGAUGACAGACGAGGAGCUCGACUCCGAGGGCAAGCCCUUCCGGGACCAGCCCAGCCGCAUCUACCGCGUCGCAAAGGGAUCCGGCGCCCGGGUGGGCGAGAUCGAAGAGAUGCUGUCGAUGGUGUCGCACUUCAAGAAGUUUGCCGAGGGUAUGAAGAACCUCAACGGCAUGGGCAAGAACUUGGCACAGGGGCCACCCGGCCGCGGCGGCAUGCCCAGGAUCGACCCCAGCCAGAUGGCCCGCAUGCAGAGCCAAAUGUCGCAGAUGCUGCCUCCCGGCAUGCUGCAGCAGAUGGGUGGCAUGAGCGGCAUCCAGGACAUGGUCCGCCAAAUGACCGAAAACGGCGGCCUGGCCGAGAUGAUGAAGUCGAUGGGCGGAAUGGGCGGAAUGGGCGGCCUCGGCGGUCUUGGUGGCCUCGGUGGUCUUGGCAAUCUUCUGGGCGGCGGCGGAGGCGGUGCUGGUAGUGGCAGCGGCAGCGGCAGUGGUGGACCAUCGGCAAGCCCAGGCUCGAGCCGGGGCAAGCCCGCCGCUCGCGGAAAGGGCAGGAGGUAAGCGCCACAGUCGGAAGCCAUGGCGAUGCCUCCAGGGACUGUCCCGAGGAGCCGUGGCCACUUCGUGCGCAUACUGUUGUUCUGCUGUUCCGAAUUCUGUGCAGAAAGUAAUAUCUGAUCAGUACAGUUGCUUUGUCGUCGACACAA